UUGCCAGGAGCAACCGCGUCUCCACUGAAGCUUGGGGAGUCGGGUGGCCCCUACCGCGUGUUCCCAUUGGCCGACAGGACGGGCACCGCGCGCUUCUAUUGGCCCGUUGGCUGAAAGGGGCGGGUCCGGCGAGGAAAAGCCUUUUGGUGGGGGCCAAGAAGAGGGAAAGACUGGUUUGAGUACUCCAGGGAGAAGGGGAGAGGUGGGGGUUUGGGGGCCCUCGGAGUCCCGGGAACCCUUCGCCAGGGAUCGGGGAGGGCGGAGGGGUAGAUCUACAGGGGAGGGGCCCAGGGUCUGCACCCCGGUUUACGAGAAUUCGAGCUCUGUGCCUCGGUUUACCGUCCCUCCUCCAGCCCUCCAGGAGUGCAGAAGAGAAGGGGGGGGGGGUAAGGGGAAUCCGCGGUUGGGCUUCGAGCUCCUGGGUUAGCUAGGGCGCUGCCUCCAAAAGGACGAUGACGACUGCAACCGGCUCGGGUGAGGGCUUCGGCUUGGUGGCCUGGUGGGGCCUGUCCCCAGCGCUGGAUCUGCAGGCCGAAUGCCCUCCCGAUGCCCCCAGCCGUGGGGACCCCCCAGAACUCGACAUCCUUCUGCUGGGCUCCGUGGACGCCCGGCAUGUCCUUCGGACCCUGGCCCAGGCUCCCCGCUGGCCCCUUCGAAGGUUCAACUUCUUCGUACUGGAGAACAACCUGGAGGCGGUGGCCCGCCAGAUUCUGAUCCUCAACCUGGCCUUCGAGCCCCCCGAGAAGAUGGGCCUUCAAGAGAAGAGCGAGACGUUCCUGGAGCUCUGGGGGAACGGGCUGGUACGGACCCAGGUGGCCGAGUACAUCCGAGCUCAGUCCCAGCGCAUGCGCCGCCUCUUGCCUGAGCCUGAUGACCUGGCGGCUGAGCUGCCCCAGCUCAGCCUGGAAGCGCUCAAGUUCCGGGAGCGGGAUUCCCUGGAGGCUGUGUUCACCUUCUGGGCGGCCUCCGAGGUCGAGGCCUCUUUCCCGCUGAGCCGCUUGUGGGACUCUCGGCUCCGGAGCUACCUGGGUUCCCGCUACGACGCCCGGUCCGGCGUCAGCGACUGGGAUUUGCACAUGAAGCUACAUGACCGGGGGGCCCGGGUCAUCAACAGCCGAGAAUUUCGGCGCUGGCGGGAAACCAGCGUGGCCUUUGAGAUUCGCGAUGCUUCCGCCUAUCAGCUCCCUAACCGAACCCUGGCAUCUGGGCGCCUGAUGAGCCACCGCGGGGAGCGCGUGGCUGUGCGAGGCUACUGGGGGGACGUGGCUACGGGACCCUUCGUGGCUUUCGGCAUCGAGUCCGACGAUCAGAGUCUCCUGCAGACCCGAAACGGAAUGCCGGUUAAGUGCGCUGGUGAGAUCUCCCAGCACAACGUGUCCUCCUUGUUUCGAGCCCUACUGGCUGCCCGAGAGGAGGCGUCUGAGGCUGAACCUGAGGCCGAGGCCGAGGGCGGGACCCCGGGAUCUGACCCCGCGGGCUCCAGACCUUUCCGAGUCCACUUCUUGCCCUUGGGGGCCGCCCCGACCCUGCACCAUCGAAGUCACUUCUGCAGCCGAUUCCACCUUCUCUACGUGUCGUGCGGGAUGGUCCACCAGCUGAGCCCGGAGCUCGGGGCCUGCGUGGCUCCUGGAGGACGCCUGGUUGUGGAAUUGGCGAGGUACCUUGUGGACUUGCGGGCUAAGCAGCUAGACAGUUUCUCCGAUCGGGUCCGGGAGCUGGCUGAGGCUGCGGGCUUCGUGGCAGAGCCUCACGAGGGCCCCCCGGAAACCUUCGCCCGCUUCUCGAAAAAGCCCCAGCCGGUCAGCGACGAACUGCAGCCCCAGGAUGGCCCUGAUUUAUGUCAGAAGGCCAAAGCCCCGCCCCUUGACAACCUGAUCCCUCCCUCAGAGAGUCUGACCCCGCCCUCUGAAGCCUCCGAGCCCGCCCCCUCUGGCCUUCUGAGACCAGCUUUGCCUCCAGACGCUGCUGGAAUGCUGACCCCGCCCCUUGACUCUGUGACUCCGCCCCCAGAGGAUCUGAGCCAGCUUAUUGAUGCUGAGAUAGACCCUCUUGGAAUGCUGACUCCGCCCCCUGGGGACCCCACUCCCGCCCCCUACGGCAAUUCGAGACCAGCUCCGGGUCCCGAAGAUUCUGGAAUGCUGAGCCCACCCCCGGGGGGCCCAGCCAACCGUGUUCCAUGAGAAUCUGACCCCAGCCUCAGCUUGUCCCAGGCCUUCGACAAUUCUGCGUUUGGGCCUGGGAUCCUGAGACUCAUAGGGUCUUGCCUUCGCUGCCCUGGCCCCCGAUUUUCUUCAAAGCCCCGCCCUUGACCCCACCAUACACGCCCAGCCCCCAGGGAGUCCUUGGCCUCCCAGGGAGACAGGAGCUGUUAGAAUAAAGAAUCGGACCCUA